UUUCUUUUCAUAUUUUACACUCAUUCCUUGCUAUCAUGUAAUUACGUAAAUGGAAUUAAAUAUGCCGAUUACAACAAUAAUAUCAUUUAAUCGAGUAAAUUAGAAAAAAGAAAGUUUAAAACGCACACAAAAAAAAAAGAAAAAAAGAAGAAGCUAAAGAUAAUUCACGUUUUUUUUUUCGUUCUCUCUCGAAGUCGAAACAGAAGUUGGGGAAAAGUGGAGAGAAAAUUAAUAAGAAAACCUCUUUCGCUUCUAACUCUCUUCUUUCUUCGUCUUCAAAUGUAAAGGCAAUGCUCGAUCUCAACAACCUAAUCGAAUAAUGGAACUCACUGAUUCUACGAAAAAGCAACUCGGAGAGACCAGGAGCGCCGCUCUCGACGAAGAUAAUCGCUCCUUUCUCGGCAUCGAUCUUAACGAAAUCCCUACCGGCGUUACUCCCGGCGGCGCUGUACAGGACGAUGACGGAGAGUAUGAACCCGUUGAAGUUGUUAGGUCAAUUCAUGAUAAUCCGGACCCAGCCCCUGGAGCCCCUGCUGAGGUUCCUGAGCCGGAUCGGGAUGCCGCGUGCGGCGCCUGUGGAAGGCCGGAGUCGAUGGAGCUCGUAGUAGUCUGCGACGCUUGCGAGCGAGGGUUUCAUCUUAACUGUGUUAACGACGGAGUGGAGGCUGCUCCUUCCGCCGAUUGGAUGUGCAGCGACUGUGUUGCCGGCGGCGGGAGGAGUAAACUGUGGCCGUUGGGGGUGAAGUCCAAGCUCAUCCUGGAUAUGAACGCCUCGCCGCCGAGUGAUGCCGAGGGAUACGGAGGCGAGGAUACGUCAGAUUCGAGAAAGCAUAUGCUGGCCAUGGGGAACUCUUUUGAACAUUCAAUGACGCAUUCAAGCUUUCUGGAUCCUGGUAGAGCACAUACUUUAGAUUUUGGCUUCCCAUCAAACCUCGGGAACAGUAGUUUGCCCAUCAGAUUCCCAUCCUUGGAUCCAAGCGAGCUCUUGUUGCAUAAUCUCAGGCAUUUCAUAUCUGAAAGGCACGGAGUUUUAGAAGAUGGUUGGCAUGUCGAAUUUAAACAGCCUUUAAAUGGCUAUCAUCUCUGUCCAGUGUAUUGUUCUCCGAGUGGAAAAACAUUUAGUUCAAUACAAGAUGUUGCUUGUUAUCUCGGCUUGGCAACUAAUGGUAACUACAGCUGUAUGGAUACUGAUAUCAGGAAUGAGAGUUCUCUUCUUCAAGAAAGAUUGAAUAUGCCCAAGAGAAGAAAGACAUCAAGAUGGCCAAACAAUAGUUUCCCUGACCUAAAGGGUAGUUCAGUGAGUGCUCAGCUCAGUCGUUUUCCAUACAAUGGUCAGACGAUGCCCCCUUUUGCCAUUUCAUCUGGUGAAUCUCUUAGCUCUGGGAAUAAUGGAUGCGGUUGUGAGGAAGCUAAUAAAGGACUUCCUAUGCAAUUUGAAGAUUUCUUUGUCCUCUCGCUUGGACGAAUUGACAUAAGACAGUCUUACCACAAUGUCAACAUGAUUUAUCCAAUAGGAUAUAAGUCCUGCUGGCAUGAUAAAAUCACGGGGUCUUUAUUUACUUGUGAAGUAUCUGGUGGUAGUUCUGGGCCUGUUUUCAAGAUUACACGGUCACCAUGCUCUAAAUCAUUUGUUCCAGUUGGAUCAACUGUCUUCUCCUGCCCAAAGAUUGAUGAAAUGGUGGAACAGAACAUUGACAAACGAGGUGAUCGGAGAGACAGUAUUCAAGAACAUGAUGACGACACUGUUGAAAUCCUUCUUUCAGAUCCAUCGCCACCACUUGGAGAUGAUAUAUUGUCUUGUUUACAGGAGAAGAGUUUCUCCAGUACAUUCUAUUGCUUGCGCUCGGAAGUUGGUUCUUCUCAAGUAGACUUAAAUAAUACUCUAUCCUAUAAUCAGCAGCAUGAGGUUGAGAUUGGCGAUAUUAUUGUGGAAGAAGAUUCAUUGUCUGUUGCAUGGCAAAAGGUGUCUCAAAAACUUGUUGAUGCAUGUUCCAAUGUCCUGAAGCACAAGGGUACCAUGAACUUCCGUUGCAAGCAUGUUGACAGAGAAACGAGGGAAAUCAACUGGGAUACAAGAAAUGAGAAAGAUAAUGUGAUUUUAUCUUUGUCAAGAUUUUGCUGUUCUUUGGCUCCUCACAGUGCUACAUGUGGUGGAAAGGAUAAUAGCGAGAUUGCAUCUCUAGUUGAUGUUUUGUCAAGGUGGCUGGAUCAAAGCAGGUUUGGGCUUGAUGCAGAUUUUGUACAGGAAAUGAUUGAACGUAUGCCUGGUGCCGAAUCAUGUUCAAAUUAUAGGUCUCUGAAGACUAGAAGUUCUUCUGUUUCUGUAACUGUAGCAGAAGGAGCGCUUAUUGCCAAUCCAAAAGUUGGAGAAAAUGUCAGGGAAGAAGUUUUUGGUGAGAUAUCUCGGAAAGCCAAAAGGCAUAAACUAAAUGGUGGUCAUGGUUUCAGCAAUCCACACCCUCCUCCCGGGAGGCCUAUGUGUUUGAGGCUUCCUCCUGUGGUUGUUGGUGACUUCCUUCAGGUAUCUGAAGUGUUCUGGCGUUUCCGUGAAAUUUUGGGUUUGGGAGAGGCUUUCUCCCCUGAGAAGCUUGAACAAGAGAUUGUCAAUCCAGUGUUCGAUGGUUUGUUUCUUGAUAAAUCUGGGAAAGAAGUUAAUAGAAGUGAGAUGAACAUUAGUGAUGAGGAUCGUACAGCUACUAAAUUUUUAUCUUUGUUGGAUGAAUCUCGCCAACCUUUUUCUUCGGAAAAUACCUUUGCUUCUGUACUAAAAGAGACGAAAGCAGGGGAUUCUACUGAGUUCAACAUUUCAAAUUCCUCUCGUGGGCCGUGCGUGGGUGCACUUCUAACAAAGACUCACAUUUCGCUUCUGCAAGUGCUAAUAUGUGAGUUGCAAUCCAAGGUAGCUGCAUUUGUUGAUCCAAACUUUGAUUCUGGAGAAUCAAGAUCCAGACGGGGACGGAAAAAGGAUGACUGUACACUUUCUGCUAAAAGAAAUAAGCUGCAUAUGCUUCCUGUUAACGAGUUCACAUGGCCUGAAUUGGCCCGUAGGUACAUUUUGUCUCUUUUAUCAAUGGAUGGGAACCUCGAAUCAGCGGAGAUUGCUGCUCGUGAAAGUGGUAAGGUAUUCCGUUGCUUACAAGGGGAUGGUGGUUUGCUCUGUGGUUCACUUACAGGAGUGGAUGGGAUGGAAGCCGAUUCAAUGUUACUUGCAGAGGCUAUUAAAAAAAUAUUUGGUUCUUUGACAAGAGAAAAUGAUGUUCUCUCUGUGGAAGAUGAUGAUUCUGAUGGCCUUGAUGCUACUGAGACAAACGCUUGCAAUGGUGAUAUUCCAGAAUGGGCACUGGUUCUGGAACCUGUGAGAAAGCUUCCAACAAAUGUUGGGACUAGAAUCAGAAAGUGUGUCUAUGAUGCUUUAGAGAGAAAUCCACCAGAGUGGGCAAAGAAGAUAUUAGAGCAUUCCAUCAGUAAAGAAGUAUAUAAAGGCAAUGCAUCAGGACCGACAAAGAAAGCUGUCCUCUCAUUGCUAGCCGAUGUUCGAGGUGGUGAUUUGGUGCAGAAGUCUGUCAAAGGAACCAAAAAGAGGACGUCUAUUGGUGUUUCUGAUGUCAUUAUGAAGAAAUGUCGUGCUGUGUUGCGUGAUGUUGCAGCUGUAGACGAGGAUAAAGUGUUUUGUACUUUAUUGGGGCGAAAGUUACUGAAUUUAAAUGAUAAUGAUGAUGACGGACUCUUGGGAUCACCUGCAAUGGUUUCGCGUCCCCUAGACUUUAGAACUAUUGAUUUGCGGUUGGCUGUCGGUGCGUAUGACGGAUCAACUGAAGCUUUUCUUGAGGAUAUUCUUGAGGUUCUACCACUUGCUCAGAAACUUAUGGACUACAGAAAAUUGGAAUGUCUGAGUGCAGAGAUGAGGAAGGAAAUUAAGGACAUUGUUGUUUCAGUAAAUAAGCUUCCCAAGGCCCCGUGGGAUGAGGGGGUAUGUAAAAUAUGUGGCGUUGACAAAGAUGAUGACAGUGUUCUCUUGUGUGAUACAUGCGAUGCGGAGUAUCACACAUAUUGUUUGAAUCCCCCUCUUAUUAGAAUUCCUGAUGGAAAUUGGUAUUGUCCCUCAUGUGUCAUUGCCAAGCGCAUGGCUCAAGAUGCUUUGGAAUCGAACAAACUAGUCAGACGGCGGAAACGUAGAAAGUAUCAGGGGGAACUUACCCGAGCUUCUAUGGAAACAGCUGCUCGUCUGGUAGAUGUGAUGGGCGAAAAAGACUACUGGGAGUUCAGUGCUGAGGAGAGAAUCCUGGUGCUUAAGCUUCUAUGCGAUGAACUGCUUAGCUCAUCCCUUGUUCAUCAACAUCUCGAGCAGUGUGCCGAAGCCUUAAUUGAAAUGCAGCAGAAGUUGCGCUCUCUUUCCUCAGAAUGGAAAAACACAAAAUUGCGGCAAGAAUUUCUGACGGCUAAACUCGCAAAGGUUGAACCUAGUAUUCUAAAGGAGAUGGGCGAACCACAAAAUUCAAGUAGCUUUGCAGACCACCAUGGACGUCAUCAACAACAGGAGAAUGUUGGAGAGAAGGUUCCUCAUGAUGAUGGCACGUCCUCUGCUGCGUUUCUUACCAAUAAUCAGGGGAAAGCUCCGAUUGAGACCCAUGCUCAAACUGGAGGGUCAAAUGUCAUUUCCAGUGAGAACAAAAUUCACACCCCAGAAAAAGUUACAUCCCCUGGAAGGAACGAGUUGCCAAUAGAGGUAACGGAUCAUAUGUCUUGUGAAAUAGAAGAUACCACAGAGACCUUGGACAAAUCAGUUGGAAAGAACCGUGAAACACACUCUAUAAAACCUAAUGCGGCGGAAUUGAAGACAGCACAUGAUGCAUCUUCUCUGGCUUCCCAAGAGUUGCAGGCUUGUCGACAGGAUUUGAAUGCCACUAGUAAUGAAAUACAGAAUCUGCAGCAAUCAAUCAGAAGCAUAGAAUCACAGAUUCUAAGGCAAUCUAUACGAAGAGACUUUCUGGGAAGUGAUGGUAGUGGUCGUCUAUAUUGGGGUUGCUACUUCGCAGAAGAACAUCCUCGUAUUUUGGUUGAUGGAAGCAUGUCGUUGCAGAAAGCUGUACAAGUUGAUUUGACAGGUUCAAAAGUUCCCUCCCCAUUUCUCCAUGCCGUUGACCAUGGAAGACUAAUGGUCUCACCCUGGACAUAUUACGAAACUGAAGCGGAGAUCAGUGAGCUUGUCCUAUGGCUUCAUGAUGAUGACCCAAAAGAAAGAGAGUUGAGAGAGUCUAUUAUGUGCUGGAAAAGGAUACGAUUUGGGGAUCUUCAAAGGGAAAUUAAACAAGCUGAGAAUUCGUCCUCUCCAAUAAUGGCUGGGGAUCUUGUGACCAAGGCUGCCAUGGCAAUGGAGAAGAGAUAUGGUCCAUGCAUCAAACUAGAGAUCGAAACCUAUAAAAAACGGGGGAAGAAGACAAAGUGUGCAGAGCGAGAGAAACUGUGUAGAUGCGAAUGCUUGGAAUCCAUUUUGCCAUCUAUGAUUCACUGCCUCAUAUGCCACAAAACAUUUGCAAGUGAUGAUGAAUUUGAGGAGCACGCCGAGAGUAAGUGUGUUCCUUAUUCAUUAGCAACUGAAGAAGGCAAAGAAAAAUCUGAUUCUUCAAAAGCAAAAGAAAGCCUGAAAUCCGAUUAUCUUAGUGUAAAGUCUAGCGCUGGCAAAGAUAAAGCUGAAAUAUCCAAUGUUUCUGAACUUGGUUCUGGGUUGAUAAGAUAUCAAGAAGAAGAAUCUAUUUCCCCAUACCAUUUUGAGGAGAUCUGCUCCAAGUUUGUGACAAAGGAUUCUAACAGAGAUUUGGUUAAAGAGAUUGGUCUGAUCGGUUCAAAUGGAAGUCCAACAUUUCUUCCGUUGCCAUCUAUUCAUCUUAACGACUCAAUGCUCAUAUCGGCCACUUGCAAUAAGCUAGAUGGUGGUGAUUCAGGGGAUCAGGUGAUUUUUACUGGUUCUGAAGCCAAUGGUGAAGGCUUGAAUUCUGAAUCAUUGGACAGAUCUGUGACAAAUGAUCUUGGCAAUCCGCUGAAUAAACUGAGCGGAAUGGGAUGUGACAAGUCAGAGGAAAAGAACAAAAAGUCUACAGGUAGUGGGUUAAAAGGCUGCUGUGUGGUUCCACAGGCUUCUUUGAAACGUGUUACUGGCAAAGCUUUGCCGGUUUUCAGAUUCCUUAAAACCAACUUGCUUGAUAUGGAUGUGGCACUACCUGAAGAAGCUUUAAGACCAUCGAAAUCACAUCCAGACCGUAGACGAGCUUGGCGUGCUUUUGUUAAAUCGGCACAAAGCAUUUUCGAGUUGGUUCAGGCAGCAAUUGUGGUAGAAGACAUGAUAAAGACAGAGUACUUGAAAAAUGAAUGGUGGUACUGGUCUUCUCUAUCAGCGGCUGCUAAAAUCUCGACGCUGUCUGCGCUAUCCCUUCACAUCUUCUCGCUCGAUGCAGCGAUUAUGUACGAUAAAACCAUAACUCAAUCAGAUCCUAUGGAUGCGACAAAGGAGAUAGGCUUACAAGAGCAGAAGUCACAACCUGUAACAGAUCCACAAGAAAGAAGCAGCAGAGCUAACAGAAGGUCUGGUAAGAAAAGGAAAGAACCUGAGGGAGCAUAACAGUUUACUUGAAACCACACAAGUAGAAAAGCUUUGAGCGUGCAAGAACAUGAAAACGGAAAUGGUGGCUUUUUUUUUAAAUCAAAGUGGAGCCAAUCAAUGUGUGUUUGUGUAGAUAUAGGGAAUGUUUCAGUCUGUUGGGGAUGUUGAGAUCCGGUUUGGUGGUUUAGAUCGUUCUUGGAAUUGAAGGGGGGGGUUGAAAGUGGGUCUAACAGGUGGAUGAGCGGAGAGAGUAUGUGUACGUACACAUACAUAUAUGUAGAAGACAAACUAAUGUGGAAUUAACUAGUGGUAGUAUUAAAGCCGCUUUUUUUUUCAGACAUGAGCUGAUUUGAUGUUUUAGAACGGAAACUUUUAUUCUU